UGCUCUUGCAUUUAUGGAUUUUGGAUCUGUCCACAGAUAAUGAUAAUAGAUUACAAAUUAGCCUAUCCAAGUGGAACUGCUACGGCUGUUCUUAUCAAUGGAUUCCACACUCCUAAGGGAGACAAGAUGGCCAAGAAGCAGGUUCGUGGGUUCAUGAAAUUCUUUUCCAUCAGUUUCCUGUGGGGUUUCUUUCAGUGGUUCUAUACAGGUGGAGACCAAUGUGGAUUUUCCCAGUUUCCGACAUUUGGAUUGCAGGCUUGGAGGAAUUCAUUUUACUUCGAUUUCAGCGCCACUUAUGUUGGAGCGGGAAUGAUCUGUUCUCAUCUUGUGAACUUGUCUUUGCUUCUUGGUGCUGUGCUCUCAUGGGGAAUAAUGUGGCCCUUGAUAAAGGGGCUUAAAGGAGAGUGGUUCCCCGCAAGUUUAUCAGAAAGCAGUAUGAAGAGUCUAAACGGUUACAAGGUUUUUAUCUCCAUAGCUUUGAUCCUUGGAGAUGGGCUUUACAAUUUUAUCAAGAUACUGGUUUUCACUGCCUCAAGCAUCCAUUCCAAAAUGAAGAAUAAGAUCCACAAAACAUCUUUGAAUAACCAGACCGAGACUCUUGAUGAUCUUAAAAGAAAUGAGGUCUUUGUGAGAGACAGAAUUCCUUUUUGGGUAGCUUGCACGGGUUACGCCUUCUUUUCUGUUAUCUCCAUCAUUGUUAUUCCAAUGAUGUUUCCGGAGCUCAAAUGGUAUUAUGUGGUUGUCGCCUAUAUGCUUGCGCCUUCUCUUAGCUUCUGCAAUGCUUAUGGCGCGGGUCUAACUGACAUGAACAUGGCAUAUAACUAUGGGAAAGUGGCUCUCUUUAUUCUUGCUAGCCUGGCCGGCAAAGACAAUGGUGUAGUGGCAGGACUUGUGGGUUGUGGUCUGAUUAAGUCCAUAGUUUCCAUAUCAUCUGACCUAAUGCACGAUUUCAAGACUGGCCAUCUCACUCUUACGUCGCCUCGUUCGAUGCUUUUGAGCCAGGCCAUCGGGACAGCCAUAGGCUGCGUGGUGGCUCCGGUCACUUUCUUCCUCUUCUAUAAGGCUUUUGAUGUUGGGAACCCAGAUGGGGAAUACAAAGCCCCAUAUGCUAUAAUUUACAGAAACAUGGCGAUUCUUGGUGUUGAAGGCUUCUCGGCCCUGCCACAGCACUGCCUGCAGCUCUGCUAUGGCUUUUUUGCCUUCGCCAUAGCGGCCAACCUGCUGCGAGAUCUCUCUCCUAAGCAUAUCGGGAAAUGGGUUCCUCUUCCUAUGGCCAUGGCUGUUCCUUUCUUGGUUGGUGCUUACUUCGCAAUCGAUAUGUGCGUGGGAAGUUUGGCGGUCUUUGUGUGGCAUAAGCUGAACUCUAGAAGUGCUGCGCUGAUGAUUCCU